CAGACGAUUGUUGUGUGUGCCAGCUGCGAGUGAAGUUGUGUGAGAGGAGAGAGAGACAGUUGACAACUCCUCCAUCAUCAACACAAAGUCAAUCGCCAUGGCCCCAAUCAAAAGAAAAGGGGGCUCAGCCGGCGAUGCGGCACCCCAAGUCCCAGCCAAAAAACAGCAGGCUGCGGCAGACGGACGGCCGUCCAAGAGACAGCGACAGACGGAGCCCUCCGCAUCCAAAGGCGGCGAUCAAAAACCUGCAAAAGCCAGUGCUCCUCCAGCAUCAAGCCUUUCUGCGCUCAAGGAGGAUGAACCUUCUUUCCCCCGAGGUGGUGCGAGUAUCUUAACCCCACUGGAGCACAAGCAAAUUCAAAUCGACGCUACAAGAGACGUUCUGUUUGAGCAAAAUGCGUCCAAGAAAGGCAAGAAGCCUGUGACGGAGGAUGGCGACGUCGACAUGGAGGAUGCCGGCGCUCCAAAGGCUGGAAAACCAAAGUCAAAGUCGAAGAAGAAGAAGAAUGCUCAACCCGAGGCCGAAGAGGAAAAAGGCGUGCGAAUUGAAGGUUUGAGCUACAAGAGAUUGAUGCCCGGAUCUGUGGUCCUAGGCUGCAUCUCCCAGAUCAAUACGAAUGAUAUUGCGCUUGCGCUCCCUAAUAACCUGACUGGCUACAUCCCACUGACCGCUGUUUCGGACAAACUUACCGAGAGAAUUGAGGCGCUGCUGCAGGAGGAUGAGGAUAAAAGCGAUGAGGAGGAAGACGAUGAUGACAAGGACAUUGAUUUGAAGUCCAUCUUCUCUGUCGGCCAGUAUCUCCGUGCCUACGUCACAUCCACCAGCGAAGAGAGUGCGUCAAAUAAGGCGAAGAAACGGAUUGAACUCUCCAUCAACCCGCGCGCAGCCAACCCGGGCUUAUCGAAGUCAGAUCUGAUCGUCAACAGCAUGGUGCAAGCAUCGGUCACUAGCGUUGAAGAUCACGGUCUGGUCAUGGAUGUUGGCAUUGAUGAUAAAUCGUUAAAAGGCUUCAUGUCUUCAAAUGAAGUCGGAUACAAUGUCGACCAUUCCAAGAUCCAAGAAGGAGCGGUAUUCUUAUGCACGGUCACCGGUCAUAGCGCCAACGGAAAUAUCGUAAAGCUGUCCGCCGACAACCAAAAGGCUGGUAAUCUGAAGAAGAUUGGCUUCUUGACUGAUGCGCCUACUGUCGAUGCAUUCCUUCCUGGUUCUGCCGUUGAGAUAUUGGUGGAGGAUUUCACUCCUGCCGGCGUUGCUGGCAAAGUGAUGGGUAUGCUGGAUGUCACCGCCGAUGUGCUCCAUUCCGGCCUUAGCUCUGGCUCAAAGAGCCUGGAGAAGAAAUUCAAGGUGGGAAGCAAGGUCAAGGGCAGAAUCAUUUGCACUUUCCCAAAUGCGGAGCCAAAGAAACUAGGUGUCUCCUUUCUUGAUCAUGUACUCUCCCUCUCGCCGCAGACAAUUGGCGGGGGUGAAGACGAGAAGGGUCCUCUUGACCAGAUCCCCAUUUCUUCUUUCGUCAAUGAAGCCAAGGUGGUCAAGGUCGAUCCUGUGCUAGGUCUCUUCAUGGACAUCGGUGUGUCUGGUGCGGCCGGGUUUGUGCACGUGUCGCGAGUCAAGGAUGGCAAGGUUGACACUCUAUCCGAGUCAACUGGCCCGUACAAGGAAGGCUCCGUUCACAAGGCCAGAGUUCUCGGCUACAAUCCAAUGGAUAGGUUAUUCUUGCUCUCUCUGGAGCAACACAUCCUGGAUCAACCCUUUCUUCGCGUCGAAGAUGUCAAGGUCGGAGAGAUUGUCAAGGGCAAAAUCGAGAAGCUAAUUGUCAAUGCCACUGGUUUUGGCGGUGUCUUGGUCAAUCUUGCCGAGGGUAUCUCUGGCCUUGUUCCAGAAAUGCAUCUGACCGACGUUCACUUGCAACACCCAGAAAAGAAAUUCCGGGAGGGCAUGUCGGUCACCGCCCGCGUUCUAUCCACGAAUCCUGAGAAGAGACAAAUUCGAUUGACUCUGAAGAAGACGCUUGUCAAUUCGGAGAGUGCCAUCUGGAGCUCUUACGAAGACGUGACUGUUGGCGCUAGCUCACCGGGUGCUCUCAUCAACAUCCUGAACAAUGGGGCUGUUGUUCAGUUCUACGGAACCCUUCGGGCAUUCCUGCCCGUUUCGGAGAUGAGUGAAGCUUAUAUUCAAGACCCCAAGCAGCAUUUCCGCGUUGGCCAGGUCGUGAACGUCCAUGUUCUGUCUGUUGACGCAGCGGCUCAGAAGAUGAUUGUAUCCUGCAAAGAUCCUUCAGUCUUUGGACAAGCUCAACAGGCUGCUUUCAAGGAGCUUCCUCUGGGUGGCACCGUCAGCGCAAGCGUUAUGGAAAAGUCUGACGAUGACAUUUCAGUUGAAAUCCAAGGUGCUGGAUUGAAGGCGACGUUACCCGCCGCGCAUCUCACGGAUGGCUCAACGCAGAAGAACGCUAAUGCGUUGAAGAGAAUUAGGGUUGGACAGACCCUUCAGGAUCUUGUCGUUAUUGAGAAAUUGGAGGGAAAGCGACUGAUUGUGCUCAGCAGCAAGCCCAGCUUAGUCAAAGCGUCCAAGGCUGGCAGCUUGCCGAGCAAAUUCGCCGACAUCAAACAGGGAAGCAAAAUUGAAGGCUUCGUCAGGAACGUCACUCCCAAUGCAGUUUUUGUCCAGUUCGCUGGCGGUCUUGUGGGUCUUCUGCCCAAGUAUCAGCUCACCGAUGACUUGCUUCAAUUGCCUGAGUUUGGGCUUCAAAAGCAUGCUUCAAUCUCUGUCAAGGUUCUCUCAAUCGACCACGCCGGACAGCGGUUCUUGCUUACGAUGAAGGAGCCUCGCCCCGAAAAAGAGGCUCCAACCAAGGCUGCCAAGGGCCCCGCCCCCUUUGCGGACCCUACUGUAGUAAACCCUUGUGAUGGCACAACGACACUGAUGGACGACUUCACAUUUGGAAAGAUUACCAAAGCUCGUAUUGCCUCUGUGAAGGACACCCAGCUAAAUGUCCAACUUGCGGAUAAUGUUCAGGCUCGAGUCGACGUGUCCGAGGUUUUUGAUGGGUGGGAUCAGAUUAGGGAUAGAAAGCACCCCCUCAAGAGUUUCCACGCCAAGCAGGAGAUUUCAGUCCGGGUUAUUGGUAUCCAUGACCAGAGAAACCAUCGAUUCCUUCCAAUCACGCAUCGAUCCAGCAAGACUCCAGUCUUUGAGCUCACUGCUAAGCCCAGCGAUGUUGCCGCAGCUGAGCUGGACGUUCUUUCCCUGGAGAAGGUCAAGGUCGGCUCAAACUGGAUUGCAUUCGUCAACAACGUUUCGGAUGAUUGCAUAUGGGUGAACCUCUCACCAAACGUCCGAGGAAGAAUAAAGCUCAUGGAUCUCUGCGAAGACGUCUCACUUCUCCAUGAUGUCGAGCGGAACUUCCCAGUUGGAUCCGCCAUUCGUGCGCACGUUGUCAGGGUUGACGUUGCCAAUAACCGACUUGAUCUGUCUGCGAGGGCAAAGACCUCGACUGGAUUGACCAUUGACAAGAUAUCGGGGGGCAUGGUUAUUCCAGGACGAAUCACCAAGGUCACGGAAAGAAAUCUCAUGGUGCAAUUGAGUGACACAGUCUCCGGACCGGUUGGUUUGACCGAUUUGACCGACGAUUUCUCGCAAGCCAACCCUACUGUCCACAACAAGAAUGACGUUGUACGUGUUUGCGUAACGGAAGUUGAUGAACCUAAUAAGCGGGUCACCCUCUCCAUGAGACCAUCAAGAGUCCUCAACUCUUCUCUUCCCGUCAAAGAUCCCGAAGUCAGCAACCUGUCUCAACUGAAGGUCAACGAUAUUGUGCGUGGAUUCGUCAAGAACGUUGCCAAUGAGGGGCUUUUCGUCAGCCUCUCUCCCAAAGUGACGGCUUUUGUCCGCAUCUCGGAUCUUUCCGACUCCUUCAUUAAGGACUGGAAGUCCGCCUUCCAGAUUGACCAGCUCAUCAAGGGCAAGGUCGUUGCAGUCGAUCCUUUGCUCAACCACGUCCAGUUGAGCUUGAAGGCUUCUGUUAUUGACAAAGAUUAUGUUCCUCCGAUCACUUUCAACGAUAUUGAAGUUGGCCAGGUCGUGACCGGUAAGGUCCGGAAAGUUGAGGAUUUUGGUGUCUUCAUUGUGGUCGAUGGAUCUGUCAAUGUCAGUGGUUUGUGCCACCGUAGCGAGAUGGCAGAGCACCGGGUCCAGGACGUCAGGAAGUUGUAUAACGAGGGCGAUGCAGUCAAGGCCAAGGUUCUCAAGGUGGACCGAGAGAAGCGUCGCGUUGCCUUUGGUCUCAAGGCUGCGUACUUUGAGGAAGGCGAGGAGAGCGAAGAAGAGAGCGAUGAAGAUGCUAUGGAAGGUGUCCAGCUUGAAGGCUCCGACGACGAAUCUAGCGAAGGAGGCAUCAGCAUUGAUCUUAACAAUGUCCAAGACAUGGAGAGUGAUGAGGAAGGCGAGUCAGACGAGGAGGAAGAGGCAGGCGAGGAGGAAGAAGAAUCUGACGAAGAAGAGGAUGAGGAUGAGGAUGAGGAUGCGGAGGAGGAGGACGAGGAAGAGGAAGAGGAUAAGAUGGACAUUGCAGCGCCUGGCCUUUCCGCUGGCGGCUUCGACUGGACCGGCGAGACUCUUGACGCCGGCCAGGACCAGGACGAGGGUGAGAGUGACGGUGAAGGCAAGCAGAAGAAGAAGAAGCGAAGAAAGGCCGAGAUCCAGGUUGACCGAACCGGCGACUUGGAUGCCCAGGGCCCGCAGUCUGUUGCAGACUAUGAACGUCUCUUGCUCGGCCAGCCUGACUCGUCCUACUUGUGGCUCAGCUAUAUGGCCUUCCAGCUCCAAGCCAACGAAGUGAGCAAGGCGAGAGACAUUGCCGAGCGGGCUCUCCGCACCAUCAACAUUCGCGAGGAGACUGAGAAAAUGAACAUCUGGGUCGGUCUGCUUAACUUGGAGAACACGUACGGUACUGAAGACAGCGUCGAAGAAGUCUUCAAGCGUGCCUGCCAGUACAAUGACUCUCAGGAGAUUCACCAACGUCUCUCCAGCAUUUACAUUCAGUCUGGCAAGAACGAGAAAGCAGACGCUCUGUUCCAAUCUCUCGUCAAGAAAUUCUCCCAAGAUCCCAAAGUCUGGCUCAACUAUGCCACUUUCCUCGCCGACGUCCUGGCCGCCCCAGACCGCGCCCGCGCUCUCCUCCCCCGUGCCAUGCAGGCCCUCCCCAAACACGCCCAUCUCGACCUCACUUUGAAGUUUGCCCAGCUCGAGUUCCGCUCCCCCCAUGGCGACCCCGAGCGUGGCCGCACCAUUUUCGAAGGUCUCCUGACCACGUUCCCGAAACGGCUCGACCUGUGGAACGUCUUGCUCGAUCUGGAGACCCGCCAGGGCGACAAGGACCAGAUUCGCCAGCUCUUUGCCCGCGUCACGUCCUCACCCAAGCUCAAGAGCAAGCAGGCUAAAUACUUUUUCAAGCGCUGGCUCGAGUUUGAGGAGAAGCACGGCGAUAAGAAGAGUGUCGAAAUGGUCAAGGCCAGAGCGGCGGAAUAUGUUCGGAAGCAAGAAGAAAAGGAGGAGUAGGACAUGUGAUUGUUGAAUUUUUAGAUUUAAAAGUUUGUUUUAUUUGUUUGUUAUUAUUAUUUCAAGUUUGUCUCUUUUAUUUUUAUUUUGUCCGUUUUUACUUUUCCUGCUCGAUCUGUAAACAUCGGGAUGAUGGCGUUUCUCCUCUUUUUCCCUAUUGGUAUCAGCAUCAGUUUUGUAUUUCUAUGUACCUACAUGGCUC